AGAGGGUGCCAUACGUUUGAUUUGCUUACUUAUUCUGUUUAUUCUUAUUGUCAACGAGCACUCCUUUUCAAAAAUGAAAUAAAAUGUAGUAAAAAUGUUAGAAAACUUAUCUUUCCUCUUAUUUUCUUUCUUUCUUUGCUGGAAAAUAUUUAAAAAUCAGAUGUAAUUAGCCUGAUUUGUGAAUAUUGCUAUAUUUCCUUGGAAUGUUAAUAAUUCAUAUUUCUAAAUAACAAAUAUCUUUACACUCUCCACUUGAACUCAAGUCAAUUGAACUCCCCACUCCCUUUAAAAAUCCCUGUAAUGCACCACCCAUCCAUCCAUCCAUCCAUUACAAAGGUCCUGGAACGCGAGCAACUUACAGGCGAAAGUGUGUCCACAGCGAGCCACUCGCGAGCAGCGCUCCAGGAUCAGCAUCGCUGGCCCCUUUUACAUGUCGGUUGGAGGAAGGGGGAGAGACGGAGGGAGAGGCAGAGGUCCUGCCGGGUCAGGGGGAUCGGAAAGUCGAACACACAUUAAGCACACUCGACGCACACGAGCAAUGUUCCCACAGGAUCAUAACAGCCGACCAACAAGUGCAGGAUGCCGCUGUCCUUGUCCCUUCCUCUGCCACCAAACACGAACCCGAUCCAAUUUGGAAUGCCAACGGUAAACAGGAAGUCGUCGAGGAAUCGCAACGCCUCGUCCUUAUCCUUAUCCCCAUACCCCUGGCAGAGGUCCUCGCUGUCGUGGGAACCCCAGAGGAUCCCGAUGAGAUGGCAUAAUGCAAGCAGUUCAUUAUCCUUAUGCCCCUCACCCUGCCCUGCCAUAGUCAAAUCAUAACACACAAAUCUAGAAACGGCACAAACGGCAGCUGUUCGCUCUGCAAAUUCCCAUGCCCAUGCCCAUGCUCAUGGCCAUGCUCGGCUGCUUUUUGCGGGCAGGUGAGCGAGUCGAUGUGAGAAACCGAGUAGGAAAGUGUUUCCCACGAUCCUGGCAGCGAUCCUGCUCCCUGGCCCGUUUGAUAAGGGUGCCGGGCCAACAAUAAGAAAUCGCCCGAACAAUAAGGAUCGGUCUCAAGAAGCGGAAGGGUCGGUACCGAGCAACCCUCAUGCCAGCACACGAAGCGUGUCCCCGUCCCUUCUGCUCCUCGAAUGCCAGCACACACGACGACGACGACGACGACGACGACGAUCCCUUUGGCCCAUUUUGGGGGUUGUUUCUGGCCAGCUAUAUAAGGCCGAUCAUCGAAGGUCUAGCAACACACAACGUCUUCGAUCGUCAGAGCAGCAAGAGCUCAAAGAACUCAGCUUACACCAAAAAACACGAGAAGCACAAAAAGAAACACACACACACAAAAUGUCGUCGCUACAAAUGUCCGAGAUGUCCAAGACCUAUCAGUACCGCAAGGUGAUGAAGCCCAUGCUGGAGAGGAAGCGUCGUGCCAGGAUCAACAAGUGCCUGGACGAGCUGAAGGAUCUUAUGGUCGCCACCUUGGAGUCCGAGGGCGAGCACGUCACCCGGUUGGAGAAAGCCGAUAUCCUGGAACUGACCGUCACCCACUUGCAAAAGAUGAAGCAGCAGCGAAAGCACAAGCGAGCUUCCGGCGAUGAGAGCUUGACUCCGGCGGAGGGAUUCCGUUCCGGCUACAUCCAUGCCGUCAAUGAGGUCUCCCGUUCACUCUCCCAACUGCCCGGCAUGAAUGUCAGUCUGGGCACUCAGCUAAUGACCCACCUGGGACAGCGCCUCAAUCAGAUCCAGCCAGCAGAAAAGGAAGCCUUGCCCGUGACCGCUCCACUCUCCGUGCACAUUGCCAAUCGGGAUGCCUACUCCGUGCCCAUUUCGCCAAUCUCCAGCUACGCCGGCAGUCCCAACUCCAAUACCAGUUCGACCAGCCAUUCCCUGUUGACCACCAUCGAUGUGACCAAGAUGGAGGAUGACAGCGAGGACGAGGAGAACGUCUGGCGUCCAUGGUAGAAAGGAUUACUUCACACCGCAACAGAAACGAAUGAAGGAGAGAUGAUAGAAAGUAAAAGUCUUCCGAGUCACUGGAUUUCCCCCAGUGUACUCCCCAACUAGUUAUAAGUAAACACCAUACACACACAAAGCUUUAGACGAGGACGCGCAGUUCAUGUGAUAACUAAAUAAAUAAUAAAUUAUAUA